GAUUUCUAUAGUUAUUUUAAUUUGUCUGUGGCUUAGUUCGUGUUGAAAAGUUGUGAGAGGAGGACGUGCAUCAUGUCUGAAGGAUAUAAACUUGGUGAUUUAGUUUGGGCGAAAAUGAAGGGAUUUAGCCCUUGGCCAGGCCGGGUAGCCAUACCAACUCCGGAAUUGAAGCCGCCGAAGAAGGCGACCAAUGUGCAAUGCAUUUAUUUCUUCGGAACAAAUAAUUAUGCUUGGAUAGAAGACAACAACAUCAAACCGUAUCAGGAAUACAAGGAGCAGCUGAUCAAGUCGUGCAAGACCGCCGCCUUCAAGGAGGCAGUCGCUCAGAUUGAGGAAUACAUUGAGAAUCCUGAGAAAUUCGGUGAUCUGGACGACCACGCUCGCAGUGCCGAGGAAGAGUUCGACAAAUUGAAAGACGUGCUCGAAGAAGAAGAAAAUAGAGAAGAGAAGACGGAAGAAGAGGAGGGCAGUUCUACUGAGUCUGUCAAGAAAAAGAGCUCGACACCCAAGAUACGUUUGGGCAUUUCAAAGGUCAAGCCUAUAAAGCGAGCGUCGUCUGCCGGCGUGAAGGCGACUCCUCGGAAGAAGACCAAGAGCUCGCUGUCUCGCUCGUACACCGACAGCGACGUGGUCAACGAGAAGCCGUCCAUGCUGAACCACUCCUUCUCCAAGAAGUCCAGCCUGCUGCAUCGCCCCUCGAACAUUCUUAGACCUGAAACACCGCCGCUGGACCUGGAGAACGUGUCAGAAACUCUCCUGGAGAAGAACAUCAAGGCGAGCCAGAUGAAGUUCGGCUUCCUCGGCCUCGGCAUCAUGGGCUCCGGCAUAGUGAAAAAUCUGCUCAACUCUGGGCAUAAAGUUAUCGUCUGGAAUCGAACUGCGGCUAAGUGCAAAGACUUCGAGAAGGUGGGCGCCACGAUAGCCGUCACGCCGUGCGACGUGGUGGAGGAGGCGGAUAUCACAUUCUCAUGCGUGGCGGAUCCUCAGGCUGCUAAGGAGAUGGUGUUCGGCAACUGCGGCGUGCUGCACUGUCCCUCGCUGGAAUCGAAGGGGUACGUUGAGAUGACAUCCAUCGACGCGGACACAUCUCACGACAUCGUCGAGGCCAUCAGCGGGAAGGGAGGACGGUAUCUUGAAGCUCAGAUCCAAGGAUCAAAAACGCAAGCGGAAGAGGGUACUCUGAUAAUCCUGGCGGCCGGCGACCGCACGCUGUUCGACGACUGCCAGUCGUGCUUCAAGGCGAUGAGCAAGAACUCCUUUUACCUUGGUAGUGACAUCGGCAACGCGUCGAAGAUGAACUCGGUGCUGCAGGUGGUGGGCGGCGUGUCGCUCGCGGCGCUGGCCGAGGGACUCGCGCUCGCCGACCGCGCCGGACUCAACCAGGCCGACCUGCUCGACGUACUCGCGCUCACGCCACUCGCCAGCCCGCACCUCAUACUCAAGGGACGAGCGAUGAUCGAGUCGUCGUACUCGACGCACCAGCCGCUGACCCACAUGCAGAAGGACCUGAAGCUGGCGCUGGGGCUGGGCGACGCGCUGGAGCAGUCGCUGCCGCUGACGGCCACCACCAACGAGAUCUUCAAGCACGCCAAGCGCCUCGGCUACGCCAACCACGACGUCGCCGCCGUCUACAUCCGCGCGAGGUUCUGAUCUGAACCCUAUGCCAUGAACGAUACGUCACAAAGUGCGAGUGACAUUUUAAUCAUAAUGUAAUAUAAUUAUAGAUCCAAAUAAAAUCUUUUACACAUACGUUUGUUUUCUUUUAACGUGUCGAUUGAUUAACCUUAUGUUCCGUGUAUUUAUUUUGUAGAUUUUUGGUUGUGUGCUUUAGCGGUGUUAAAUGAAGUAGUUUUUAGAACAAACAGACAUGUAUUCUACAUUAAAUAUGUUAAUCUGUAACAUUUAUACCCUCGGAAUCAAUUAUCUUUUAAAAUUGUGUAUAUACUGUACAAGUAUGACAAUUAUAAUGUACUGUUGUAAAAUUUUAUUGUGGUAAACAUAUUUUACAGGUAAAGUAUGUUUGUUAACAUGUGUUAUGAAAUAAAUCUACGAAUUUUAUCGCGGUAAUUUAUAUUAUUAUUUUCUCCCGACGUUUCGAAGACUGCAGCCUUCAUGGUGUCGGGGCGGACUACCUAACGUAUCGCAUAUUAACAAACAUACUUUAAUUAUAAAAUUAAUAUGUUAAUUUAACAAUAUUUGUUAAUCAAAUCUGUAAAAUAUUGUGCCUCAUUAGAGUUUAUAUUGCAAAGGAAAAUGUGACGUCACGGAUAAAUAAUGUCUUCUUUCUAGUAAGACAUUUUAAAUAACAAAUAUUUAUAUAAUUUUACCACAUAUAAGAACGUAGAAUUCGAGCUAAUUAAUAGCAAAUAAUUAUUGUCAUUUUUGUAAAAUAAACUAUUAUCUUGUUUGUAAGGAGAUUCGGAAAUAGUAUGAAUGAAAACCGUAUUGUU